GUCGUCUGCAGUAAACAAUUUGCGGCGGUAAAUUUUUGUAUCUUAAAAAUAGAUUAGUGGCGCUGUUGCAAAGUUACCUCGCUCAUUGUGCUAUCCAUCGCUCGGUGUGAUAUAUCAAAAAUAAAGAAAAUCAGAUGUCCUUGCUGUGACAAAGCCAGUUUUAAUGGAUGUCAUGUGAGACUGGAUUGAGACAUGGAAUUUCUUCUUUUCUGAAUGUGACAAACUUUUAAGUGAUUGUGACUAUAUAUUUAAAAAAAAAUCCUUGAGGUGCCAAGGUAUCUACCAUAAUGUCUGAGAAAGAAAAGCAACGACUUCCACAGAGCAGCAAGAAUGAAUCAUCAGGGUCAGCGACAGGAAAUCCACGCAACAAAGUGGCAUUGCGGCCUGGUCAUUCCCUGAUGGACUGGAUCCGUCUUGGGCAGUCAGGAACCGACCUCACCGGUGUAGGCGGUGUAACACAGGAUGUAACUGUUGCUCAAUUGGCACAGCACAACACUAAAGACGAUGCCUGGAUUGCUAUUAGAGGAAUAGUUUACAAUGUGACACAUUAUAUGAAUUUCCACCCUGGUGGCUCUGAACAGCUGAUGAGGGGUGUAGGUAAAGAUGCAACAGAUUUAUUUAAUCAGGUACAUGCUUGGGUGAAUUAUGAUUCUAUUCUCAAAAAGUGUGUUGUGGGGCGCCUGAAGCGAGGAGACAGCAGAAACGAAGACCUUCGUAUGCAUCUGUUUGGAAGUAAUAAAAAGAAACCACCAGUUCCUGGUUUCCAAAAUGAUAUGGUGAAUGGAAAAAUCCCACAGGCAGAAGUGAAGAAAGGUGUUCAGAGACCACGCAUGGACUGGUAUCAGAAGCUUUCAUCGCUUAGUUUAAUUUUCUAUACUAAAGUACUGUUCCCAUAUGUAAAGGUGUGUCUUAGUGGUGAGAGAGAACUUAAAGUUAUUAUCAGAAUUGGUGUGGAUGUACACUUGUGGCACUACAAUCUUUUAGAGGAUGUUGUGUGGCCAUGUUCUGUUACUGCAAGUAGGGAAAAGGUAGAGAUACAGUUCCAGAAAAGGACAGAAAAAAUGUGGCCAAACUUUGGAAGACCGUGUGAUGACAACGAAAGCACAAGUACAGUACAAGGUGAACCAGAACAUGAUAUGAUGAACAUAGAGACUGUAUUACCAGUAUCCCACAACACCAAAUUGUUUGUGUUAUCUUUUAAGAAGAAGAUAUACAGCCUGUUUCCAUUGGGUCAUCACAUAAAACUUCAUGCAGACAUAGAAGGUUUGCAGGUUACACGCUGUUACACUCCAGUACCACCAUCAUUGUGUCUGGAAGAAACUCCUCCACAGUGGAAAGCUGAACAUAUAUGCCUCAUGGUUAAAGAAUAUGCAAAUGGACAGCUUACUCCAUGGUUAUGCAAUCUGGCCCCUGGUAAUACCUUGGAAAUAAGUGGUCCUGAAGGCUCAUUUGACCCAUCAAUGUUAUCCACUGUGUCCCAUUUAUAUCUUCUGGCAGCAGGGACUGGAAUCACACCAAUGCUGUCUCUAGUGAAGUGGGGAGUUGAUCCAUCUAACAGUAUAUGCCAGCAAGUUAACCUGAUGUUCUUCAAUUGCAAGGAGAGAGAUAUAUUAUGGAGAGAGCAAUUGGAUACUUUACAGAAAGAAAAUAACAGGUUCACAAUCAUUAAUGUCUUGUCAGAGGCAGAAGCUGGGUGGAAUGGUCAACGAGGCCGAGUAGAUCUCGAAUUACUUCAGAAUUUCUUGCCCAUGACAGGCAAUGAUUCUGGCAGUUACUAUGUCUGUGUAUGUGGACCAACAGCUUUUACCAGAUUAACAGAACAGUUUCUGAAGGAAAUGAAUUAUGCAGAAACGAAUUAUCAUUGCUUUGUUGGCUGAAGUACUGGAUUCUCGCAGGCAUGUCACACUAUCUGCAGCCAAAAAAUGUAUGGUAAAACAAAGGUUUUGCACUCAGGUUGCUCUUAGCAGCAAAGCAAAUGGGAACAUUUGACAAGACAGUUUGAAGUGCAGUGAACUUUUUUUGGCAGUGUAGACUAAUAUCUUAGUUUAUUUAUUCCAUAUUUUUGCUGUAUGUGAAAGCUGUGUGAGAGAGACAGUGUUUUAAAAAUAUGCAUUUUUAAGAAUAUGCAAACAAAUGAAAUAAUAAGUAAAAUUUGACGGGAUGAGAUUUGACUUCUACAAGAGAUGUCAACUUCACUAAGCAAAGUAGAUGUACAAAAUGGAGAUUUUUAGUGAGUUUCAUUUACUGUGCAUUUGAUAAUAUCAACAAAACAGUUGUGGAAAGGUAGGAAUUAAAGGGGCAAGUAGGCAAAUUGUGACUCGCUACUAUUUAAUGAAUCUAUCUGCAUGAACAGCGAACUGCAUGAACAGUGAAAUGGGAAUAUUUGCAGUCAAAGAAUUUUAUGUUAUUAAGGAAUAUACAUUGAAAAAAACAUUGUCUUCAGAAAGGCGAGUAAAAUGAUGACCAGCUGAAUGUUAGACUUAGCAACCCAAGUACAGUAAGCGGUGGACGUAAAUUGUGAGAGGCAUACCUGACAGUAGUUGUAAUAAAUUUAUAUUUUGUGAGUGAAACUAAUUGAUUUGGGGAACAGCUGAUGCAGCAGUAAAUAUACUAUAUUACUUGGUUAUUCAUAGCUGUUUCAGUGGGUUUUAAAUGCAGAAUUAGAAAGGGAUCCAGUAUCUACUUUCAUGUUUAUAGAUGUACAAAAAUCCUGUUAUAAUAUUUGCUAAGUUUCAGUGUAUAUGAUUUGAAAAGUUUGUGUCUGGUUUCCUAUCCCAUAUGCGUUGUAACUUUAUGAUUACUUCUUCUUCCUGUUUACCUACUUACACUGUUUUUACAUACGGUUUCCCUCUUACAUUCAAAGAGAUUUUUAAUUUUCUGUAUUUUAUCCUUUCAUUUGUAUUACGCCUUCCAGUGUGUGUGUGUGUGUGUGUGUGUGUGUGUGUGUGUGUGUGUGUGUGUGUGAGAUUGAUGACUGUUAUAUCUAUUGAGAAGAAAAAGUUCUAGGUGCUACAAUAGCACUUAAAACACAGUAUUCUUGCUAGUUAUUACUAAGAAAUAAGCAAGUCUAUAUGUGCCUCUGAAAAUUGCUACCUCCUACCCUUUAUUUUAGAAAUCAGACUCACUAUCAUGCUGGUUUAUUGUUUAUUGAGUUUCAUCCAAUACUUCCAUAAUUUCUUGCAUGGAAAAAAAUUAUAAUAUAUUGAUCAGAGUUAAAUGUGAGAUAUUGAGUUACCCACUGUAUAAGCACAAAGAAGUCACACAGACUGACCUCAAAAGUCACUUAAUUUCAUUUUAAAGUAUUUCAUGCAGAUCAGGUAAUUAAGCCACAGAAAAUCUCAUUUAUCAUCCCUAGUAAACAUGUAUACUUUACUAUUCUUCACAUGAUAUUGUAUCGGUUCCUUUAGAAGUUUGUCUUACCUUUGUUUCACAUUACUGUGAUGACUUUUCUUAGUACUUUAACAAAAUUAAUAGGGAAAUUCAAUGGUUUUCCCUAAUGAUUGUUGAGGAGACAAAAUGUCCCAAUAUUGUUACAGCAAUAAUGUGUUAGCAUGGCUCUUUGAAAGAUACUCAAUUUUAGCAGUCGUACAUAUGGAUAUGUAAGUCUUCAGCAAAGGUAUAACCAGUGGUGGCCAGUGAUCAUGUGCUAAUGAGCUGCAGCACACUGUAAACAUCACACUAAAAUUACACCAUUUCUCUUCAAAUGUGUACUGGUAUGCAAACAAAAUAGACAGAAACAUGUUUUAUAGCACUCACUCUAUGGUAACUAGAAACCAGUGUCAAGUGCUGAAAUGAUGGUCAGCCGCACUACUGUCAACUCACAGAAGGGAUGCAGCUGUCUGUUUUUGACUGUACAUGCUCUGAUGUGACAUCAUUCCUGCUGGCACUAUGGGUGCUAUGUCACUCACAGCAGUGGGUCAGUAUUUUUCUUUAAAAGUACGAGUAGAAUAUUGUGCAAGCAACAUGGUGAAUCUCUAUAUGAUCAGCUGAAGAGGCCCUUUUCCUGUAUAUCUUUUGAGGAGAAAGUGAGUUAAAGAAUAUGAUAGACCUGCUCCAAAUUCAAAUCUAAUGAGGGGAGGGCAUGGGACAGGGCUCAGACUAUGUAAGUAGCAAGUAGAUGAUCCUUUUAAGUUCCUAGAAUAUUUCACCCGAGUGAGUCAUAAGAAAAGGUAAAACACACUGUACAUAUUUACAAGUACAGUAUGAAGUAUCUUUGAAUGACACAUGCCUUAUUGGUGCUGUGGCGCAGUGGUCAAGUGCACCGGCUGGCGAUUCGUCAGCUCGGGUUCAGUUCUUGCUGCUACCACUAUUUAUUUUUCCCAUUUUACUUUAUUCGUCACAGUCUCAAAUUGUUAAUUAUAAAAUUUAAAUGUAUGUAAACAAUUUUAUGUAUGUAAACAAUUUUACGUAUGUAAAAUUAACGUAUUCAAUGUAAGUCAUGGUUACUACCUUUGUAAGUAAAAAGGCUAUAGGGUGGCGGCAGAAAAAGCAGGUUGGAUCUGCAGGUGUGAUGCUUGCAAUGCAAUUUUUUGCUUUCCACAUUUGUUAUCUGGGAACAGUGAUGCACGGGAUUCAUGGGGAAUGAAAGAUCCAGGACAUGGAUUAAUAAAAAACCAUAGUAAAAGUCAUAAACAUAUAAACAACAUAAUUGAUAUUAGUACAUUAGAGAAAGUUAAUACCAUAACAAUAUUAAGCUGCACAUUUACUGUACUCUUGCAGUGUUGUAGCAUAUUGGUAAAAUCAUGCACGAGCUGCCACUGGGCGAAACAGUACAAAUUACCAGAUGACAUUACCUCUUUAUUUACAGAUGAAAUAAACAGUUUAUGAGUUCUAAAAGUGUCUGACUGUACUACAUUUCCAAUGUACAAUGCUCUUCAUAAGCCUGGUUUUCAUAAAACAUGUCUAGGCACUAUGACUGUCUGUCUUGAUCAUUUUUAAAAAAUAUACACAUUAGUGCAUUUUGGCCACAGCCUUCCUCAGAAUCACAUUUAAAUCUCGGUACAUAGUAUCUCAUUAGUUCACAUGUACACUUGUACUGUGACUAGUCAGUUGAUCAAGAUGGACAAUUAUAUUCACUAAUAAUAACAAUCACAGACUCAUAAACGACAGUAUUUAUAGACAAAAUAUGUUUAAUUAUUAUUAUUAUUUUAUCUCAUGAUGUGCAGCUAUACUGCUGCUUCAAUUUACUAUACUCUUUUGUGUAUUUUUUUACCAUUUCAAUGAUUAUGAAUUGUGUUUAUAUACAUAUUCCCCAUUUUCGUUCAAUCCAAAGAUUUACAUAGACCAUGACAUUUGCAUAACUGUUGUAUGUAAUAACACUGCAGGUAACUGCAUGUGGAAUUCAGCUUAUAGCUUUCUUGUUUAUUUUAUUAUUUAAUUUUUCUACUAUUUUAUUGAUAUCAUGAGAAGUUCUCUAAAAAAGGAAUUAUUGUCUAAAGUUGAAGAUUUUUAUUGAAUGACAAUGGAACAACAUAGGCAUAAUCACACUGUUUUUCCUGUCAGCCAAAAUAUUUUGCUGUUACAACCUGAUUAAAAUUGUUUGUGCGAGCACUAUAAUCACAACCAGAUAAUGAAUUAUAUUAUACACAAUCUGUAGAGAUAUACAAAGUGCUGAUAUACUGUAUCUUCUGUGUGCAGCAUGCAUAUGACUUUCCUUAUUGAGGAGGAAUGAGAAAAGUUCACAUAUAGUGCUUCUAAGUAUCAGUUAAAUCUUAGAUUCAGUUGCACACAUUGUUACAGUUUAUCCUGAUGUACUUGACAAAAAUAGUUAAAUAUUUAAGAAAUGGAACAAAUAAAGAAAAACGAAUUCCACUUUUAAGAUGAUAUAAUGGGAAUCAAAUCUAGAUAUUUGAAUUUUUGCUAGUUCCGCUAAGAAUUGCAAGUAGAUUGUCAAAAUAAGUUGAGUAGAGGGGACAUUCAUUAAAAUGUUCAUAGGAUUACACAUUCUGUUAUGUUAAUGUCUUCAUGAAGGAGAGCUCUCAGGGAUUUGAAAUAGUGAACAUCAUACAUUAACACUACAGCUUGCAUAUGUGAAGCAUACAAAUAAGCAAUUCCAACUGAAGUCCUAGUAUACUCACAUUGCUCAUUAUGGGACCUACUUGUAGAUUAAUAUUUUAAUGCAUUAUAAAUGAGGAUACUGUGUGUCCAUUAGUAGAAAAGGAGCUACUUUGAGAAAGAUCAUUAUAGGAGACUACUACUGUACAAUGCAGACUGCAGAUCUCUUACAGCCAAAUAUCCGGAUUUGAUUCCAAUCAAGUAUUAUAAAUUGAGCGCUUAACUUGCAGAGAGCAAUUGUGUUAAAGGUCUGAUGGUGAUUUUCUAAUUAAUAGUCCUUUUAAAGUAGCAAAACUUUUUCAUUUAAUGAGUCUGGAUUCCAUGGAGAGUUCUCAUGUGUGAAUACAUGUUGUUAAACCAAUCUCAUCCAGAUUAUGUUUCUAGAUUUUCAGGUUGUGCUAUUUUUAAAAAGAGGUGUUAUUUAUUGAAUAUUUAUGUAUGUAUUUAUUAAAGUGCAGGUGGCCUGUGCAUGACAAUCUGAAAGAGAUAACCAUGUAACUUUUUAAAUACAUUAUUUCUUAUGGAGUGGAGCUGGAAUGCAGUAUGUGACUCAAGACAGAUUUUUAAGAAAAUGUGCAUUUCUUUUUUGCCUGUUCCAGCUGUGUAUUAGUUGUAAUUCCUAAUGAAACCUUUUAUAGAAAAGGCAGAUAACUUUAAUCUGCUUCAUAAUUUGUGAUUCAUUUAUACUUCAUUAGUCAUGGACUAUUUUUGUGAUAUAAAACUUUAUUAACUGAAAUAUAUGAAUCACAAAAUAUUUUUUGGAACAUUCUUUCUAGUAAUGAGAAAUACAAGGAAUCUAGCAACAAACAUUCUUCUCUUUCAUUCCUGGCAUUUAGUAUGUUAUGUUAAACCAUUUCUGUACCAGUGCAUUUUACAUAUCAUUGUGAAGUCCUGUAUUUUUUUUAGGAAAGGUGGGAAAAAGGCUUAUUACUUUUGCUGUUGAAAGUUGAUUCAGAGUAGCUGCUGGCCUUUAGAAUGGAAGGUACCAAAACAAUAAAUAUCAAGUAACAAUGUGUA